UUAAUUUUAAAGGCAGCGGUUAUUGAAUUCUGACGGAAGCAGGACCCCGCAGCUGCCAGCCAAACCCAGCCAUGUCUUCCGAUCCCGACAAGUUGAUCGCAAAAGCCGAUAAACUAACAAAACUUAGUUUAACUAGAUGGAGUGCUGAUUGGAAAAGUGCCACAGUUUUGUAUGAGCAGGCAGCUAAUGCAUUUAGGCUGUCAAAAAAGCAUGAGAAAGCAAAAGAGGCAUUUGAGAAAGCUUCCAAGGGACAGGAGAUGUUAUCUUCACCUUGGGAUGCUGCUAAACAUAUGGAAUCUGCUGCUACUGUGGCUAAAGAACUAGGAAACUGGCGUGAAGUUGCUGACUUUUAUAGACGUGCAUCUGAGUUAUACAUUGAAUGUGGACGGUCACAACCUGCAUCAGAUGCACUUGCUAAGGGUGCUCGUGCUUUAGAAGAUGCUCUGCCUGAGGAUGCUGUCAAGCUAUAUAUUGAUGCUUGUGAAACUCUUGAGGAGGACGGCAAGGAACAAAUGGCCUUUGACUUAUAUCGUGCCGCUGCUAGUGUCUAUUUGAAACUUGAAAAGUAUACAGAUGCAGCAACUGUUCUGUUGAGAUGGGCAUUGGCAGCAGAUAAAUGUAAUGCAACUCAUAGUCAAUGCAAGGUAUGAAGGUUUUUAGCAUUUACCUUUCACCUCUAGACACCAAGCAUAUUUCUUGCUUUUACUCAGUGAAACUUUAGACAUUUCGUGUCAACUGUCAAUUGAUUGUUUGCGUCAAACAUCUUUGCAAGUGUAUGUUCUUUUUUAAAUAAUACAAUUAACCAU